UUAGAGCUACUGUAGCAUAAUGCUCUGCAUUAUUUCCUGGGUUCGAGCAGUUAUACCCUGCGUUUCUGCGUCUGUUAAGGCGCUGCACCCCGCAGUCAGGAGCUCCAGUCACGGCCAAGGCGUCUACACGCUGCAUCAAAAGUUGCCGUCAGAUACGGACGCGGUGCCGCUGACCUGGUGGCUCAUGAGACGUUCAGCAACAGUGCUUCGCACGAUAUUUCAGUAUAAGUAGGCCGCGUCAGCCGUUUCCUCUUUUCCUUCCCAAGCCAGUCUUCGAUUCAAAUCUUCAGAUCUACAUUCGUCUAUUCUUUCCCGCUGUGCGGAUUACUUUCACUGCCAAUCAAGUCUCAUACAACAAUCUUUAUAAUACCACACAUAAAAUAUCAGUCAAGAUGCAGUUCUCCAUCACCGCCCUUCUCUUCGGCCUUGUUGCCAUCUCUUCUGCCGCCAGCGUCGGAGUUUCCUCGAUCGAUGCUCGCCAGGCUGCUAAUGGCGCCUGCUGCAUCGCCAACAAGUCCCUGAAACAAGAUGCUUGCACCGUCAAUGGCGCCGCUGGAAAAUGUGUGCCCGGUGGUCCUGCUCAAUGCGGUGGUGCUUUAAACUGCGUUGCCAACAACCAAUUGACUUGCGAUAACGCCGUUCCCGAGCGAUCUGGUGUUCUAUGCCGAUUCCAGCUGCCCAACGGCAAGAUCCAGGAUGGAGCCAAGCAGAUCACCAGCUUGUCUCAGGCCAAGGUCAACUAGAGCGUAUGGUAUUGUGGUUCAGACUGAAGGAUAAAGCUCGACUUGCACAUAGAAUAUUCAUUGUAGAUAAUGAUGUAUCUGAAUCGAGCC